UGUUUAUUUAUUCUUUUUUUUUAGGUAAAAAAUUUUUAUUAAAAAAACCAAAAUAAAUCUAAGUUAUGCCAGUAGUGGAAUGUCUGAUGAAUCCAGCAAACAAAUCGGCAAGAUAACGUUUAGCUUUUGCUUUGGCCCACUACACCCCGUGAAGAUGAAAUGAGCAAGCCAGAGAGACCCAGCGAUAUUAUACACAUUAUAAUUGUAUAUACAGAUGAGAUGGAAGACACGGAAAUUGUAACUGGGUAUGUAGGAGUAUGUAGACAAGAGAUGAAGAGAAGUGAAGAGAAGAUGUUACGCCGGCCAGGCUGAUGGUAUAUAGGUGGGUUUGGUAUGGAUAGGAGGGAAUGAGCGUGUUUUUCUCUCUCAAACGCAGUUAUACUGACUGGCUUUAACGGAGAAGCGUGCCGCCAAAUUCAACACUGUCGUCUUUACUUAUUUUCUUCUAUAUCUUCUAUAUUCUAUAUAAUAUACCUUGUGUGACUGUCUGUCUCCAGUGCCAAAAAAAUAAGUUCAAAGACUACUAAGUACGUGAGAAGAGAACAAAUAAGAGCUUUACGUUGGUGUUUUUAUUCAAUUCCCCCCCCCCCCCCCCUUGGCUUUGGGUCUUAUUACUUUAAGUCCACGUGGGUCGAUCAAGAUCUAUUGCACAAUGUUUCUAUUAGUCUUUCAACUAUUACCGCAAAGCGGAUACCAAAGUUUAAUGGGUUUAUAAUUUAUGCAAGUGUAGCAUCAAGAGGAUUUACUAUUAUCUUAAAAGGUUCUUUACAUUUUUUUUCAUCUUAUUUAUUUUAUGCAGCUUUUAUUCUCUCAGAGAAAUGCAAAAAAAAGUAAAAUCAAGAGACAUAAAGUCAGUACGGCAUAGUACGGAUCAACGAUGGAAUCACCAGGAUAGAAAUCUUUCAAUGUUAGUAAUGCUGGCAUUGCUAUUGCUAUCGCGUAUCGAACAGAGGACGUACCCAUCUAAAAUUAAAUGCCACGGUAAUAUACUUUAGCAGCAUAUAGACGCGCAGAUUUAAAAGCAGUUGUUUGUUUCCGGAAUCAAUUUAACUGGAAAAUUCCUAGCUGUUUGAUUCGGGAGUUAUUUAUUGGUGUUGUUUUAAUCUGGAUGUUAAAAUUAUUAAAGUAGUUGUGAAGGUAAUGCCAGUAAGUAUAAUUUAAACAAAAGUACUGUACUGUACUUGUACUGGUAAACCAGCUGAGGCUGUUGCUGUAUUAUAUAUUAUAUAUUCAUGAAAAGAGUAUAGAGUGGUGUGUGCAGACGCAAGUAAACGCGAAGGCGUUUAUUAAUGAGGCCACCGGAAAAGGCCCGGGUGGUGAGUCACGUGAAAGUAUGGACUUUGCGAUAAGGGGUGAAGCACCAGCAGCAAAACCAGAAACAACACCAGCACUAACGAAUAAUAGCAGUAGUGUCGUUGCGAUAGUAAGAUCAGAUCUCAAGGAGCCACGAAUAGGAACUAGCAAGGAUGAUAACGAGCACGGGGGUUGGAGGUGGCGGCGUCGGCGGUAUCGGGAUGCUAAGAGCUAGAAGACGGGACGUAAGCCUCAAGCCCAAUCGCAAACUCGACCGCAAAUCAUCAAGGGGCAUGAUCUAUGAGAAUGAGGAGCUUAGACUGAGGACUAUUCACAUUAAUGCCGAAGUCGAACAAGGUCAGAAUGACAUCAAGAAACUACGACGUGAAAACGAGCAGCUGAGACGUGAAAUUUGGUGUCUACGAGAAGAAUACGACAAAUUAGAGGAGAUUGUCAAGAGCCAAAAGAAUUUUGUCGACAGUGACGAUAACGAGGAGCACAGCGAGGCGAUAUCUACAUCAGGUACUGAGGAAUACGAAGAAGAAGAGGAAGAAGAAGAGGAAGAAGAAGAGGAAGAAGAAGACAUAGACGAGGACAAAAAUUCCAGUAAAGAAAAAAAAAAAGAACCUUUGAAUUCAAACGAUAAUUUAAUCCGAGACGAACUUUUGGAGAAUGCUGAGAAUCAAAAAUUGUCUUCAGAGAAGACUAAUAGUCUGCAGCACCGUUUGCAUGUGGAUUUUGAUCAAUUAUCCGUGGUGACAGAAGAGGCAGAGGAGUCAACAAAAAAGGAUAAGGAUAAGGUGUAUAGAGAUGUAAAUGAGGUAGAAAUGUUUGAGAAAGCGGCACGUGAAUCAGAAUCAAAUAAGCAUUACAAGGAGGAAAAGGACAGAUACUUAAAUCAACAUGCAUUCAACUGGAUAAUCAAUUCUGAGUGUCCUGUCACCCACUCGUCGACAACGAUAGAGCAACCCUGCACUUCAACACGUAGGAUUGUAGCCAUGAGUAACAAUAAGAGUGGUCCAGCAUCACCUCCAUCAGUUUCACCACUACCUCUACCUCCUCCAGCACUACCACCACUACCACCACCACCAAUAUUACCAUCACCGGGGAUUGGCUGGCAGGGAAAGAUUUUUCAAGGAGACACAAGUAAUAUUCACACCACCACGACAAUGGAUCGACAGACUUGCGCAGAAUCAAUUGGAUCCACGGAAUUGCGGGCGUCGUUUCAAUUGCCUUGGGACAACAAUGUAUCCUCAUCAUCAUCCUCGGUCUAUCCAGACACUCGUUCAUGCAUGGAAUUCAUUACCACAGAGAUCAACAGCCCAACAACGGGAAUAAUUGCGCCAUCUUCAAGCAGCGAGAAUACCAGCUCUACUGUUAUUUAUAAGACUUCUCCUGAUAUUUGCGUAUCAGGAGCUGUUGCUACAACAAGUCAACAAUAUAAGGAGCAGGAGCAUCAAUAUCAGAAGCAACAACGUGACUACGGAAGCUCUGAUCAACUAUUGAUUGGCAAUCCUCGAGAUUCACUCAAUAAAUCGUACUCUUGCCAGGAACUAACUGACAAAACCUGUCCGUUUGAUGUAGCAAUGAAUCUCGGGAUUGCUGCUAAGAGUUUACCCGAUAACUCAAGUACUAUCAGCAGCAGAGGAGCCUUUAAGAGCCAGUUGAAAGUUGAAUUGUGUAAAAUAUCACCGGGAACGGAAUUGCCGCCAAAGAUGUCACCAAUCGAUUGGACGCCAGGACAACCGUUUUAUCGGACUCUAGAGCCACUUGAUAGACGAGAGCAACGUAUAUUACGGCAAAUUCAACUCAAUGAGUAUCAAGCUACCUCUUUUGAAAGUCCAACUCCACGUAGUUUGGCUCUUUCCAGCUCGAUACCCCUUCAAGCUUACCCGAAAAGUUUACGACCCGAGAGAAAACCCAUACCAAUAGUGUCUAGUGUUGUUGUUCCAGUUCGGUCUAACGUUCCGACAAAUCCUAACAAAGUUGAUACACAAACUCAAACCAGAAGUCGUAGUUAUAGCCAAAGCUCCAGUAGUACAAGUCAGAGUCCAAGUUCCGGUGAAAUGGAAGCUCAUAAAGACUUGCAGAAGUUAUCCAAGUCUAAACGUAAGAUUAAAAAAAAGAAAAAAAAUAGGAGAAAAAAUAAUGCUUCUAUUGUGUCGGAAAGCAAUGAAAAACAUUGCUUGGAGGAUAAACGAGAUAAAGAGAGAAGAUCUUCUUCUACUGGUCAAGAUUCACCUAAAAAGUCUAUUAAAAAGGAACAAAGUAAAGCGAGACUCUCGGGAAAAAGUCAAAGUUUUGCGCAAGAACCCGGUGAAUUUAUUCCAAAAGAUCGAACAAUCUCAGCAGUCAGUCCGGAAGCGGAUAAGCUACGGAAGACAAGUGAUGCUAGCGAUAAGGUACCUUGGUGUGCGUGUUGGGGCAACGGGUGUCUUUGAUCGUAUUCAUGUCCGUCAGUUUAUAACCGAGUUGGAGUUUUAUCUUUUUUGGCGACACUAAUUAAAAUAAUUCACAAAAUGCCGAUCGAUAGCCCGGCACGACAAGCGCGCGCUUGUACAAAGCGCUCGUUCUCUUACUCUUAUUUUCUACAUGUACACCUAGCAAACUAUUCCGGCCUACCCAGGGCCUCUCUGACUAGACUGUCGAGACUACUACCGACGACCGGUGUGUGCCAUGUGCAGACCACGACCCCAAACCGAGUGUCGUUGACACGCGUUGACUCGUGCGAUCUUCACCGCGCCGGGUGUUGACUAUUUUCGUGAUAAACACUCCGUUCUUCAAGAACCUUCAACAUUUUCAGUCCAAAGAAGUAUAUAUUAUUAUAUAUAUAGAUAGAUAUAUUUAAUUGA